CUCUCUCCCACGCGCGCCCACCUCACCGCUCAGCGCGCGCCGCCUGUGGAUGCGAGCUGGAGUCAACCGGGAUCAGCAGAAUCUUCCUUCGCUGUAAACUUGGACGUUUUCAGACGGAGGUUCCGCGGAGGAGCGUCCGCGCCGCUGAAGCCGCUCUGUCCGCUCUCUCAUCUUCUCGACCUUUGACCCUUCAACGACCUCCGAUGUUCCUAAAGUGAUGACCCAUCUUCAUCAUCAUCACCGCACCCCUCACCAUGGUCACCCGUCAGCUCGGUGACCGACCUGUCCGCCGCCUCCCCUCUCCGCUCCCGUCCAAUCGGCUGCGGGGAUGCACGUGAUGGGCAGCGUCUCCCCGGCCAAUGAGAGGGAGGGUUUCUCUCUCCAGGACGAAGGCGUUGCAGUCGCCGUGUCGACGUCCCCUCCUGGUCCUCCAGCGGGAUUUUCUGAAAUCGAGGGCGAACGGGCAAGACCGCCAGCCCCUGCUCCCCCUCCUCCUCCUCCCCCUCCUCCUCUUCUUCCUCCUCCCCCUCCUCCCCCCAUGCCGCCCCUGCUUCCAGGGCUGGGAGACCCUGCAGGAGGCCUGAGGAAGAAGAGGAGGGUGAGGAGUUUCUUUUGGAAAACGAUACCAGAGGACCAGGUGAAGGGGCGGGCCAACCUGUGGACUCAGGGACGAGUGCAGCAGCAGUACGAGAUCGACGUCCGGACCAUCGAGGAGCUGUUUGGUCAGAACGACUGUCAAUCAAAUGCCAAGACCACACCCACCAGGGGUGUGAAGACCAGGAGCUCGUUCAGAGAGUCCAAAGAGGAGGUCUCCAUUCUGGACUCUAAGCGAGGGAUGAACAUUGGGAUUUUCCUCAAACAGUUCAAGAGGACCAAUCAGACGAUAGUAGAUGAUAUUCGCCAUGGCAACAGUGAGGCUUACGGGGCGGAGCCUCUGAGAGAGCUGCUGAAGCUGCUGCCAGAGACAGAGGAGGUGAAGAAGCUGAAGUCGUACCGCGGCGACAUCUCCAAGCUCUCGUUGGCCGAUUCCUUCGUGUACCUGCUGAUUCAGCUCCCCAGUUACUCGGUGCGUAUUGAGUCCAUGCUGUUGAAGGAGGAGUUUCCUGCGGUGUGCGAAGCCAUGAAACGAGACAUUAAGAUCCUUCGCACAGCUGCCAAAGAGUUAAUGUGCUGCGAGGAGCUCCAUGCUGUUCUCCACCUGGUGCUGCAGGCUGGAAACAUCCUCAACGCUGGAGGCUAUGCAGGAAACGCUGUUGGUUUCAAGCUGUCGUCUCUUCUGUCUCUGGCCGACACCAAGGCCAACAAACCGGGCAUGAACCUGCUGCACUUUGUCGCUCUGGAAGCCCAGAAAAAAGACGACAAGCUGUUGGAGUUUCCUCUCAAGUUGAGUCACGUGCAGCCUGCAGCCCGGAUCUCCAUGGAAACGCUGGACGCCGACCUGCAGUGGCUGACGUCUCGCACGCGCUCAGUAGAGGAAAACGUCCAGAGAGACACGGAGCUGCUGCAGCAACUGGACGACUUCCUGCAGUCGGCCACCUCGUCUCUCUGCUCGCUGCGCAGCGGCCGGCAGCUGCUGAGGAAGGAAGGCAGCGAGCUGGUCGACUUCUUCUGUGAAGACAGAGAAACGUUCAGACUGGACGACUGCUUCAGCAUCUUCCACACCUUCUGCUCCAGGUUCACUGGUGCUGUCAAGGAGAACAUAGAGAGGGAGGCGAAGGAGGCAGCCCGUCGCCGGAGGAUACAGGAGCUGGAGGAGCAGAAGAGGCACUCCUGGGCGGGGGGUGAGGAGGUGGCCGGAGCGUUCGGGUUGCGGUGCAGCAGCGAGACGGACAUGUCAGCUGUCCUGUCACGACACUACGAGGCCGGGCAGCUGCUGGAGCUUCUGACCCCUAAAUCCCGCCCCCGAUCGCCCCUCAACAUCUCCCAUAAUCCUCUGGGACGCGCGGGGAGCUUACGCCGCUCCCGAAACUCUCCAUCCAGCUCGCCGUCUAUGGCUGCUGAGCGUGAACUGAGCACGCUUCUGGGGGCGGCGACCCCCAAACACAAAGUCGCUGCUGAGGGUGAGCGACGGACAGCUUUUCCAGCAUCCUCACCUGAAACCACAAUUAGAAGUCCAGAACUCUCCCCUCGACCACAGAGGGUCCCUACAUGCAGCUUCAACGAAAACCAGCAGCCUCAAGCAGGCCAGAGGGCACCACAAACCCGUUCUUCACCUCCCGAGACCUCUUUGAGUUCACAAAACGCAAACCAUACAACCGCCAAUUACCUCAGCUGUGACGCUACCCAGACUCAAUUCAACACCAUCAAUCACACAAACGAAGUUACAGUUAAACCUACCUCUGAUGCGAACCAGCAAUCCGACCACAACAACAACGGCAACGAUCGAUCCGGCCUGGGUUUUAGCAACCAGGGAACGCUUUCAGACCACCGGUCUGGUUUGAGGGGGGAAGUAGCUACAAUGAACAAAGCUGAUCAGGAGUUGAGAGGACCGAUCAGCUGCAGCGACCAGAAGAAUGAACACAGCACUGCAGCUGCAGGCAACAUGUCUGUGGUCUUAGAAAAAUGCACACUGGUGCCUGAGCUGAAAGCUUUCGACAAGGCCACCGCCCGGACCAGCCACAACGAAGGGCCUCGCAGCAGUCGCCCCCGUGGAUGUCCCCAGGACGACGUGGUCAUCGUAGAUUUGGAACAAGAGGGAGCGGACAGAUCCCAAGUCCAGGAGACGCAGAAUAACUCCCAGAUUGGUAACACAGAAAACACUAAUGUGCAAAGUUCUGAGACAAACUCUUCCUCAUUACAGAGAGAGGAAGAGGAGGCGCUAGAGGAAAAGGUGAUCGUCUGGUGUGUGACAGGUGUGUGCGAGGCAGCCGGCGAGCUCACACACUCUGACAACUCGCACGCGCAAACAGAGGAGGAUCCGUGUAGAGGUGACAAUCAGGGAGGAAGCCAGCAAGCUUCCUCUGCCCCAGCCAAUAGCAUGCCUUCAGAACCUCAGCCAGCCAAUGAAAAGCCAGUGCCUAUACCCAUCAGCAGCCAACCGGUGCCUGUCUCCCGCUGUGACGACCCAUCACAUCCUGUCACCUCCCCGAGGUGGUGCCCUGUAGACCCAGCAUCAGCCAAUGAAGGGUCUAGGCUCACUUCAGGUGCCUCAGAGGAAGCUAAAGAAACAGCCAAUCAAGAGGAGGAAGUAGAGGGCUCCACCAAUGAGAUGAGAGAAGUGGAGACUGUCCCAGAACAAUCAUUAUCAGAUGACAGGAGCAGAAACGAAACUCCUUCCUGUCACACAACCAAUGAAAAGACAGAAGCAGCUACUUCCACUAAUGGAAAAGCAGAGCUGGCACCUUCGUCCAAACCAUCCACCAGGAGCCUCCCUACCUCGAAAACUCGGCCUGCUGGGAUGAAAACCGUGACCCCAAACGCCUCCUCUGCUGCCAGCAAAAGCAAGCCUGUUCGCACCCUCACCAGCUCUGAGAACCAGGGCAUGAGGCGGGUCGUGCCCAUCUCCAAAGCCAGCAGAGGUGCUCCGUCUCUGGGAAAACGUCCCGAGAAGCCUCCUGGAAACCUCCGGGGCUCCUCCAGCACUGCGACACCUGCCAGUCUGACCGUCUCCAACCUCAACAGCACCUCUCUCCGACGAGGAGACAGGCCCUCGACUGCUCCCUCCUCCCGACGCUCCAGCAUCAACAGGACGCCGGACGCCAAGGAUUCAAAAGACCAGAAGGUUUCGGGUCCUCAGGCAUCUGCUCGAGAGCAGAACCACGACUUGCAAAGAAAACCGUCCAUCCGAAAGCCCUUAACAAAGCCCAAAGCCCAGCAGGAGGAGAAGAUGUGUCGCUCCACACUGCGGGCGCUCACUCAAGGAGAUGGAGGGGGGGGCAGCAUCAGUGCCCCUGCCACUCCUUUGCACAAAGGCAGUGCCCCUUCAUCAUUACCACUUCCAAAUUUCGCCCGAAGUACUGCUUCUUCUUCUUUCAGAAGAAGCCACACCACCCUUGGUCCUCCCCAUUCAUCCCACACUGGCUCAGACUCCUCCCCUAAAUCCAUCUCCAAGACUACCUCCUCCUCCAUCGCCCCUCCUGGCACCUCCUCACCUUUGACACGAACAGGCUCGAUGAGACUCUCCGCCACCUCCAGAUCCUCAGAUCUCCUCUACCCGUCCUCCUCUUCCCCCCUGAGGAGGUCUCAGAGCAUCAGGAUACCUCCUCGCUCGCCGCUUCAGAACUCACUGGUUCCCCCUAAAGGCCACCGGCCGAAUGACAGCGGCGCCUACUCCGACAAGUCAGCUCAUUCUCGGGACCCGGCCAAGUCCGUCAGGCCAAGCUGGAAAUAGCAGGAGGCUGCAUCCCAACAUGAAGUCUAAGCAGUUUCUCCCACUUCUUCCUUCUUUACAGAAGGUGAAGUCAGAGGAUACGUACAAAUAUGAAGUAUAGACUCCUAUUUAUGUAAGAAGACAGGAUGCAGUCCUGUGCAAAAAUCUCAAGUUUAGCUGGAGAAAUAAAAGAGGUCACAUUCCAAUAUGAAGCACAGACGCUGCUGAAGUUAAGAGGCUUCGUUCCAAUAUAGAGAUUAAUUAUCUCCUAUGCAUUCAAACUUAAACCAUGCUGGUGGUGAAAGGAUGCAUUCCAUUAUGUAUAUCAUGUUCACUCUGGACUGUAAAGUGUGCAUGCUCUAAAAAAACACGGAGGCUGCGUUCCAUUUUGAACACUUUGCCUUUUCAAAGCAGAAUAUAUGUCACCGAACCUCGUGUCCGUAUGAGCGAUGCUUCAGAAACAGCCACACAGUAACAAUCAUGACAGAGAUUUCAUAUCAUAAGUAUUUUGCAUCCCCGAGAAAUUAAAACAUAACAAAUAACUAAAUAUACUGGAGUCCAAGCAGAAAUAAUUCCUCCAGCCCUCUGAGAGCAGCCACAUCUGCAAACGUUGGAAGAGUUUAUUUAAACUGUAAUUUUGGCUGGGCGUUUCCUCUCUCCUCAUGAUUAAAUUACUUUACGUCGUACACUCCUUUUUGAUUUUGCACCUUUAACUUCACUAACCAAGCUGAGGAAUCGCUGUACAUCUGGCCUGAUUAAAUUAGAAAUCAUAUCAUUAUUAUUAUUCUUGUAAUUUAAAAAAAAUUUGAUUGCUACAUCACUGAAAAAUCAUGAUUAAAAAUCAUCGUUAAGCCAGAGCGAUUAGUUUAGACGAGGAGAUUUAAAGUCUCUGAUUCAAACCAACAGUGUCUGACUCACUGAGAAAAGUCUGCAGUGCCAAGUUUGUCCAUAUGAGAAUAUUUGUAUGUUUAUGUAUCUCUAUUUAUGUAUAUAUGAAGUUAAUAUUUGAUAUAUAUAUAUAAUCUAUAUACUAAUUAAUAAAGUAUUAUUCCUCCAACACACUGUACUUUUGUUUCUGUUCAGCAAAGCUCAUUUACAAACCGUCUACAAAUACUUUGUCUUUUAUUUCCUCUGCUGCUGUGUUUCUUUUACCCUGCUUCAAGAUCAAAACAGGUGGCAUUUGUCACCUGAAAUGAUAUUUAGCACCUGGAUUAGUUCAUCCAAUCAGAGAGCAGCCGUCAAAACACAUCUCGUGUUUCUGAUCCCGAUCCAAGUUCUUUCAUAUCGUACAUAUUAUAAUACCAAGUGUAUUUUUUUCCAUUAUUGGAUUAACUAUUGUCUGA